AUGUCUGCCCCGAGGCUGCUCUCUAACAGAACCUCCCAGCAGGCCUUGUCUAACUCUGAUUACACCUGGGAGUAUGAGUACUACGAGUAUGGACCAGUGUCAUUUGAAGGCCUGAAAGCUCAUAAAUAUUCCAUUGUGAUUGGAUUUUGGGUCGGUCUUGCGGUUUUUGUCAUCUUCAUGUUUUUUGUCCUGACCCUGCUGACGAAGACAGGAGCACCACAUCAAGACAAUGCAGAACCUUCUGAAAAAAGACUUCGUCUGAACAGUUUUGUGGCAGAUUUUGGAAGACCUCUGGAGUCAGAGAGGGUCUUUUCUCAUCAGAUAGCUGAAGAAUCCCAGUCACUUUUCCAUUUCUGUAUUAAUGAAGUGGAACAUUUGGGCAAAGCAAAACAAAGUCAGAAAGGUCCAGAUCUGGAGAGUAAUAUCCACUUCCAGGAAGUUCCCAGGACCAGUGGAACGUUUGAGGAGGACUUAAACUGUCUUACAAAAUUUAACAUUCCAAACUUUGUGAACACUGAGCAGAACUCUUCACUAGGAGAUGACCUUCUCAUCUCAGAGCCACCAAUCAUUUUAGAAAGCAAAUCAGUUGUGCAGUCUUCCCAUCGGAUCAUUGACUGA